ACAAAAAUUCAGUCAAUUUUUAUGUUUCUCUUCAUUUAAAUACGUUUCUCUUCUACUGCUAAUUCUUUGUGUUUUUCCAAGGAAUUGAAUUUUCCACCGUUUCAAAUAAUAUAUAUAUUUUCUUGGAAAAAAUCACCUAUUUCAUGUAUCUUUUAGGUUUCUUAUUGAUAUUUUAAGAGAAAUUCAGCGAACCUGGACAAGAUUCGGGUUUGCUGAUCUACAAAGGGGAGGUUGUAUCUGUCUCUCUCGUGAACUUUCUUCUAAUUCUUUUUCAUUCUUUUUCGGCUUGAAAAUUUUGGCAUAAAGAAAUUAAUAUAAACAUGUGAAAGAUCUUUGGAGGAAGAGGCUGAAAAACGAGUUCGAAAUUUUUCUUCUUUUCCAGAUACGUACUUAGCUAUGUCUGGGAGAGCUCAUCCUGAUGUGAAUCCUGUGACGGAUGGUGGAGAUCUUCCGAUCAAAUCGUCGCCUCACCGGCAUAAAGUUGGUGUCCCACCGAAGCAAAACAUGUUCCAUGAUUUCAUGUACACGUUCAAAGAAACCUUCUUCCAUGAUGAUCCUCUCAGACACUUUAAGGAUCAGCCUAAGUCUAAGAAGUUCAUGCUCGGUCUCCAAUCUGUGUUCCCGGUUUUCGAUUGGGGACGUAACUAUAAUCUCAAGAAGUUCCGUGGUGAUCUCAUUGCCGGUUUAACUAUUGCUAGUCUUUGUAUCCCUCAGGAUAUUGGAUAUGCUAAGCUUGCGAACCUGGAUCCUAAAUACGGUUUAUAUUCGAGUUUUGUUCCACCGUUGGUGUAUGCUUGUAUGGGGAGUUCUAGGGAUAUAGCAAUUGGACCUGUUGCUGUGGUAUCUCUUCUGCUAGGUACUCUCCUUCGAGCUGAGGUUGAUCCAAACACAAAUCCUGAUGAGUAUCUCCGACUUGCCUUCACGGCUACGUUUUUUGCCGGUGUCACUGAAGCAGCCCUUGGCUUCUUCAGAUUAGGGUUCUUGAUUGAUUUCCUUUCCCAUGCGGCGGUGGUUGGAUUCAUGGGUGGUGCAGCCAUCACAAUCGCUCUUCAGCAGCUCAAAGGUUUCUUAGGGAUCAAGAAAUUCACCAAGAAAACUGAUAUCAUCGCUGUUUUAGAUUCAGUCUUUAGCGCAGCUCAUCAUGGUUGGAAUUGGCAGACUAUACUCAUUGGUGCAUCCUUCUUGACAUUCCUUCUCACAUCUAAGUUCAUUGGCAAAAAGAGCAAGAAACUGUUCUGGAUUCCAGCGGUUGCGCCAUUGAUAUCAGUUAUCAUCUCCACCUUCUUUGUCUACAUAACCAGAGCUGACAAACAAGGAGUCCAAAUCGUGAAACACCUUGACAAAGGCAUCAAUCCUUCAUCGUUCCAUCAAAUCUACUUCUCCGGACAUUACCUUGCUAAGGGCAUUCGUAUCGGUGUAGUCGCUGGAAUGGUCGCCUUAACGGAAGCUGUGGCCAUUGGAAGAACGUUUGCUGCAAUGAAAGACUAUCAAAUCGAUGGUAACAAAGAGAUGGUAGCACUAGGUGUUAUGAACGUUGUUGGUUCCAUGUCUUCUUGCUACGUAGCGACUGGAUCAUUCUCAAGAUCAGCUGUAAACUUCAUGGCUGGAUGUCAAACUGCGGUUUCAAACAUCAUAAUGUCAAUCGUUGUUCUCUUGACAUUGCUCUUCCUCACUCCGUUGUUUAAGUACACACCAAACGCCAUCCUCGCAGCUAUUAUCAUCAAUGCUGUGAUUCCUUUGAUUGAUAUCCAAGCUGCGAUAUUGAUCUUCAAGGUCGAUAAGCUUGACUUCGUUGCUUGUAUGGGAGCUUUCUUUGGCGUCAUCUUUGCUUCCGUUGAGAUAGGGCUUCUCAUUGCCGUCUCUAUAUCAUUUGCUAAGAUUCUCUUGCAAGUAACAAGACCUAGAACGGCGGUUCUUGGAAACAUUCCGAGAACUUCAGUUUACAGAAACAUCCAACAGUAUCCUGAAGCCACUAUGGUUCCAGGGGUUCUCACGAUUCGUGUUGACUCAGCCAUUUACUUCUCCAACUCAAAUUACGUCAGAGAAAGGAUCCAAAGAUGGUUACUAGAGGAAGAAGAGAAGGUGAAAGCAGCAAGCUUACCUAGGAUCCAGUUUCUAAUCAUCGAGAUGUCACCCGUGACGGAUAUCGAUACAAGUGGUAUCCACGCCCUAGAAGACUUAUACAAAUCUCUCCAGAAGAGAGAUAUUCAGCUGAUUCUUGCAAAUCCUGGACCAUUGGUGAUAGGCAAAUUACACUUGUCUCACUUUGCUGACAUGUUGGGAUAUGACCAUAUCUUUCUGACGGUGGCUGACGCCGUCGAAGCUUGUGGUCCAAAACUCUCCGACGAGGUCUGAAAUUGAUGAUGAUAAUGACGAAGAACAUGAUUUCUAAGUGGUGUACAGUGGAGUUAAGAAAGUGAGUUUUGCUUUCAAAUUGUUGUGACUUGUGUCUUUGGUCUCCUUUUUUUUGUUACAAGAGAGUGUAAAGUGUGACCUCUACAUCCCACCUUAGCGUCUUUUUGUUCACUUUAUGAUGCACGAGUGUGUAAAGUUGGCCAUUUCAAAUCAAAAUUCGUAGAUUAAUAUGUUAAUCCAAAAAAUGAAAAGCCUUAAAUGUAAUAACAACAAUGAUCAAAAGGAAACUAUGACAAACUUCUCUAUAUUAUAUUACUAUAAUAUCUCCUGUAUGUUAAUUGAAAAUCAUUCAAAAAAUUGUAAUUUUAAGUUUGUAUUAAUUAAAAAGAAAUUCUCUUUAGGUUUCACUUAAUUAUGAUGACAAUUUAGUUUACCUGGCAGCUUAAGAAUCAAUUAAAAUAAAUGUUGAUCCAAAAUCCAAUUACUAGGAAACAUUAUAUUAAUCCAAAAUAUAAAAAGUGUAUAUUAUUUUCUUAAAUAAAAGCUACAAAAUUACAUAAUAUGAUUAAUAUAUAUGGCAAUUAAUGACUAUGAAUAAUAAAUUUUUGAUAACAAUAUUUGCAUCAUUCCUCAUUUUUGUUUAAUUUUAUAUUAUUAAAAGAAAUUAAAUAAUCAGAUUAACCAUAUACUAAAAAUUAGACUUUUUCUUAUAUGUUAUAUUUUGAAGUUUUUAAAAUGAAUUUAAAUUACAAAAAUGAGGAAACCUUAUAUGUUAUAUUUUGAUUUUUUUUAAACGACUUUAAAUUACAAAAAUGAGGAAACAUUAUAUGUUAUAUUUUUCUUAUAUGUUAGAUUUUUUUUCUUAUAUAUUAUCUUUUAAAUUUUUUAAAACGACUUUAAAUUACAAAAUGUAAGUUUUCCUUAAGCAUACGACUAAAAACAUUAAAAUAACAUGUAUAAAUUCAAUGGUUAAUUUGAAACUUUUCAAAACCAUAUGGAAAAUAAAUGUCAAAAUAAUUUAACUGAAAAAACAAUAUUGUUCACUUUUUUCAAGAAUGUGUUCGGUGAAAAAAAUAAAGUUUGUGUCAUAAUUUGUUUAAUAUCCAAUCCGAUCAGCCCAUGAUAUAUUAAUUCUAGUUUAGGACCAUAACUUUUAAUAGAAAAUUGAUCCGGUCCAUCGGACAGAAAUUAUAUAAUAACAACAAAAAAAAUUGUAAAAUGAUCAAGUAUAUAAAUAAAAUUGUCGAUAAUAUAUACAAAUAAAUUCACCAUGCGCAAGGCACAUGUCUUAUCCUAGUUGAAUAUUAUAGUGCACUCUCUUGUAAUAUUAAAACACGUUGAAUAUUAGUACUAUAGUAUAGAACAUUAGAGCACUUACAACAAUAAGAAUUCCAAAGAGUUUCUAAAACAAAAAAAAAAAAUUAAUAUUUUAGUAAGUUAUAAUUAGACAAUUAAAAGUUAAUUGUAAAAUAAAAAUCCAACCAAUGUAUAGGUUACAAAUGUUAUGUGGAGAUGUAAUGAAAUUCUAAGAAAUCUUGACAUAAUGUUUAGAACCCCUCCUAAAACCAUGGUUGGAAGUGCUCUUAGUGUGUUAGAUACAGCAAACUAUAACAAGCUUCUUCAAAGCGGGUUGCAGGUUCAUUAUAAAAAUAUAUGCUUCUUGUUGUUCAUGCUUGAAGCUUUUUCAUUAAUGUUUCUUACUUGCAUAUAUCUAAGGUCUAACUAGUGACCAAGGAAUGAAAAUGAAUAAUGUGUUCCUUAUUAUUCCUUUUUUAUUUUUUCAUUUAUAAGUAAUAGUUUUUCUUUUUCAUUUUUUCUCAUUCCUUUUAUUCUUGAGGAAUAUAGAACAAAUUUGUUCCUCUCCAAGAUUGAUAAGGAAUAAUUUUCCUUUUCAUUCCUAUAACUUUAUUCUUCUGUAUUUUUUUCUCUACUCGUUCCUAAUGUUUUUCUAAUGGUCACCACUUAGACCCCUAUUCUCGCGAGUCCAAAUGUCUGAAAAUCAAGCCUUUUAAAUGCAUGGAUCAAAGUAUGGAACAUAACACAGAUGUCUAUGAAGAGGUUAUCCUCCACUUUUGCAAAGUUUUGUAUUGGUAAAUAAAUCAUUGCUACUUAAACUUAUGUUGCUCAGUGUCUACAGUUUACAUCAUUGAUAGAGAACCAAAUAAACGUUAACUAGAUAAUAACAUGCGCCUUGCGUGCAGAAUGUGACUAUUACUUUUGUUAUGUUUUAAUAAGCAGACAUUAAAUCUAUUUAAUUUGGAUAUCGGUUUUAGAUUGUUUUUCUUGUUUUUAAUCUCCUAAAAUUUAGCUAAAAUUCUAAAUCAAUAUUUAUUUUGGUUUGUUCGGUUCAAAUUGUUGAUGUUUUCUUUAUUUUUCCGGUGAUAACCAAUAAUUAUUACUUUUUGUUUGCUUUCAGGUUAUAUGAAUUUUAAAUAAUCAUGAUAUCGAACCAAUGGUUUCAUAUUAUAGUUUCUAAAUAUAUAAUAGUUAAAGAAAAAAAGUUAUUAAGACAAAUCAUUUCACUACAAUUUGAUCGAUAGUGAAAGAAGUAUUAAAAAUAAUAUUUCAACUUUCAAGAGAAUUAGAUACUUCAGUUGUGGUGAAUAUUUAGUUAUAUAAGUGAUCACGUCAAUGUCCAUAUGUAUAUGUAUGUAAAAUAUAUAAAAGUAGUUGGUAAAUAUAUAAAGAUAUUGUUAAUCAAUAUUGAAUGACAUUUUUAUUCAAAAUAACACAUGAAAAGUAAAAAAAUUAAAAUAAAAUUAAUUAAAAAUAAAAUUAAUUAAAAAUAAAAUAAGCCUAGCAUUAGUGAAUUUUCUUUCGUAUAAAAAAAAUCAAAUUGUAUCCGUAAAUAGGAGUGUGCACGGAUCGAAUAUCCAACUAUUUGGAGGCACUAGUGUCGAUUCAGUCUGUAGCCACCCAAAUAUUCAUUGUCUCGGAUAUCCAGAAAAAUUUAGAAUUUUCACGGAUAUCCGAUUUGAUCCGUAAAUAAAAGAAAAAUUUAAAAAUAAACGAAAAAAUCUAAAAAUAAUAUAAAA